GGGGCGUGGCCUCCCAGCCCCGCCCUUUCCCCCCGCGUGCCUGCACUGUCUGCCCGGGCCUGGCGCGCGCGAGAGAGACUCCAGGGUCUUGCAAAGAAUUGCAAAGGAUGCCUCCGAAGCGAAACCGGGCGCUCGACCUGGUCGCGGGCGGAUUGGGUGGCACAGCUGGAGCCAUCCUGACUUGCCCGCUGGAGGUGGUGAAGACCCGCUUGCAGUCCUCCUCUUGGGCCCUGAGGCCUCUCUGCUUUCCCGCAGUGGAGCUGCAAGGGCUGAAUGGGGCUCUGAUCCGCCCCGGACCCCCCUCUGGAGGCAUCCUUCACCUGUUGAGAUCCAUUCUAGAAAAGGAAGGCAUUCGCUCCCUAUUCCGAGGCCUGGGACCUAAUCUUGUCGGAGUUGCUCCUUCCAGAGCGAUAUAUUUUGCUGCAUAUUCAGAGGCGAAGGAGAGAUUGAACACAGUGCUUGUGCCAGAGUCCAAGAAAGUCCACAUGCUUUCAGCAGCUUGUGCAGGGGUCACAUCUGCCACCUUGACCAACCCCAUCUGGCUGGUAAAGACCAGGAUGCAACUGGAAGCCAGGGCCAGAGGCGAGAGUCGUGCUAGUGGCCUUCAAUGUGCGAUGCGAGUUUACUCCACUGAAGGCCUACGAGGCUUUUACCGUGGGAUUACUGCCUCAUAUGCCGGCGUCUCAGAAACUAUAAUCCAUUUUGUGAUCUAUGAAGCGCUGAAGCAACGGCUCAGAGAGGAUCAGGCUUUCCUGGUCCCAUCCCUCCCCCUUUCACACAACAGCCAGGACUUCUGUAGGCUGAUGGCUGCAGCCGCAAUUUCCAAAUCGUGUGCCUCAUGCAUUGCCUACCCACACGAGGUCAUCCGAACAAGGUUGCGGGAAGAGGGCUCACGCUACCGCUCCUUUGUGCAAACUCUACAACUUGUCGUCAGAGAAGAAGGUUUCCCAGCUCUUUACCGUGGGCUCCUGCCCCAUUUGAUGCGCCAAAUCCCCAACGCUGCUAUCGUCAUGGUCACCUAUGAACUGAUCAUUUACUUGGCAAGAGGAACGUGACUCUCUCCCCUUUCUGACAAUCAGUUGAGGUGAUUCACAGUAUUUAUACUGUACCUUAAUGUAAUGCAUUACUUUCCUGUUAUUUAUUUUGUGCCUUAAUGUAAUGUGUUGCUUCCCUGUUGCAUAGCUGAGAAAUACUCUGCUAGAAAACCCUGAAGUCUGGCAGCCUCUCAAUAACUCUUUGCUUGCCAGACUUAAUAACUGAUGAAGAUCUUUUUCCUGGGUCUGUCAGACCCAGAAAAUAUCCUCAGAUGAUGACAUGCAAGGAUGAGAGAUACAGCUGGAAAGGUGCAUAUUUCAUCAAGGAGAAGCAACAGUACCAAAAUGUAUCUGCCAGAAGUCCUGUUUACAGGCAGAGAGACUUUUCAGUGUCCCUGGCAUGCUAGGCACUAACAUACUGGUUGUGUCAUUUCGGGCAGAGAAAAAUGUUCCGCUCUACUUCUCCUGUGGCUAGAGUAGGCUGGCAAAUCGGCUGAGAAGAUGUCAUUAGUUUAUAAGGAAAACCGGGAAAUUCUGUGGAGAGUGAAGUAGUCACUUAUUGUUUGACUUAUGUUUGUCAGUCACUUGUGACCAGUGUCUGACCCAAGAGUUUCCUCUGUUCCUCCUUGAAUGUUGAUUUCCUUUGCUUCAGCAGGCAGUUUAGACUCUCUAGUUUGCUUUAUGGACUUACAGUCACAAACAACUUCAAGGCACAUGACAACAAGACAAACAGGACGUCUACAUCUUUACAAUGUAUACAAAUUUCUUCUUUACUUCUGGUGAGAACUAGUGUCAUGGGAACAUGAGAUUAGAAUGUCCUGGGAUGUAGGAGAGUUGAAUUAAUUUCACCACUAAGCCAUGGACCAGGGGUCCGAAAACUAAGUCCCAUGGGCUCCAGGUCGUUUACCUGCUCCUUGUCCUAAACUUUAGACUUAGGGUUGACCUAAGUCUGAAACGACGUGAACAACAACAAUCCUUAUUUUUUACUAUUUCAUUAUAGUCUGGCCCCCAACAGUCUGAGGGACCAUGAACCGGCCCUCCACUUUAAAAGUUUGAGGACCCUGCCAUGGACGGUGAUAAACCAGUCACUGACUGACCUCACACAGUUAUGCAGAAAAAUGUGGAGAGAAGGAGGGCAGUAUAAAGUGAGGAAAGAUGGGAUAUCAGUUUAGCUGAUACACAAAAAUAAGGGCAAGUGGUGAAACAGUACUGCAAAAUGGUGGUCACAGCAGGGGAGGGAGAGAAACUGAGUAAAAGUUUCAGUUACCUUUGGCAGGCUUCUGUACAGAUUUUCACAUGUACAUUUUGCCUUCUUAAGAGGAAAACAGGAUCCAAAGAGGGUUGGCACAUGGGACGGGUGAGAGCAUAAUAUACAGGCAGAUAAUACGGGGAUAUCUUCAAAAAGGAAGGAAGGCUACAGUAAUGUGAAAAGCAACCACUGUGCCUUCCAGUGCAAAGCUUGGUGCAUCGACCUCUAGCUCUGAUGUGCAAAAGAAAGAAUGCAACAAAUACAGUGUAACUUGCUGUUUUCAAGUUCAUAAAAUGUUCAUAUUUUAUUAAUAAAACUGCAAAGCUGCAA